UCUGCCUCCUGGCCUGACUGGAGUGACUGGACUGUGCUGUGAACUGUGGCUAGUGCGAGUCUGCAAAUAAAUAAUAUACUGACUGGAUGACGUUUAACCUUUUCCCGUCAGAUAUUGAGGAUGCAGGAUGAGUGUUCGAGGCCAGAUGAGUCUAGAGGCGGUGGAGCCGCUGUACCCUCGCGCGGCGUUAGGCGACACGUCACUGCGGUCACGCGGUCACUCGCGAAGUGCCAGUCAUGGUGGAGUGGGUGCAACACUGUCGCCUGCUGCACGACCCUCCGCCUUGAAACAGCGCGGCCACCAACGCGCGUUCUCCCAGGGCAUGAUCGACACUGAUUCCGGUUUCAUAAAGGGCCAUAGCCGAGUCGGCUCCAAGACUGACUUUAUCCUCCCGCCGGGCCACAGGGACACGGAGGAUCUGCCUGGCGCUACCACCAGGAAGGGACACUCGCGCCAGGCCUCACGGUCCGAGAGCAUCUACACUCUGCGGAACAACGCGCCACCACCCAAGUGGCAGCAAAUGCUGUACUCACUGCUGCCCUGCAGUCGACUGCCUGAGGGAGAUGAGCCACGGACGAGGACAGUCGUACCCAACCACCUCGUCCCUCCCAACACCCCGAUGAAACUGCACCCGAACGGAAACCGCCCGGACAACCGGAUAAGGACUACAAAAUAUACCCUUUUGUCGUUUCUUCCAAAAAACUUGCUAGAACAAUUCCACCGUGUGGCGAAUUUAUAUUUUAUAUUUAUAGUGCUGUUAAAUUGGUUCCCCUCAAUCAACGCGUUCGGUAAAGAGAUUGCGAUUAUACCAGUGACGUUUGUGCUCGGUGUGACCGCCAUCAAGGAUUUGUUUGAGGAUAGAAGACGACAUGCGAGUGACAAAAGAAUCAACAACACGACUGUGAGAGUUUAUGUCAGUGAGGAGGAGAGAUACAAGAAGUUGCCAUGGAAGGACGUGAGAGUAGGAGACCUUCUGCAUCUGUCCAACAACGAGGUGAUCCCAGCAGACGUACUGCUGCUGCGGAGUAGCGACCCCCAGGGACUGUGCUACAUAGACACCUGUGACCUUGAUGGGGAGAGCAACUUGAAGCAGCGGCAGGUGGCCAGGGGCUUCGUUGAGAAGCAAGAGGUGUUUUCUCCGCAGCUGUUUCGCAGUGUUGUUGAGGUUGACGCCCCCACCACCAAGAUCUACCGUUUCCACGGUGCUAUUGUUCACCCGUCGGGAGAGCGAGUACCUGUUGGCACGGACAACCUUGUGUUGCGUGAAUGUAUCCUCAAAAACACUGACUUUGUAGAGGGCAUCGUCGUCUAUGCAGGUCAUGAGACAAAGGCGAUGCUGAACAACAACGGGCCGAGGUACAAACGGUCCUCGCUGGAGCGGCAGAUGAACGGAGACAUCAUGUGGUGUGUGGUGAUACUGGUGGUGUUCUGUCUUAUUGGUGCCCUGGGCAGUCGCUCGUGGCUCAAGACAUUCACCCUGCCAUUCGACGACGUUCCCUUUCUGCUGACCAGCGGCUCGGCCAACGUCGAAGGAAUGCUGACGUUCUGGACGUUUAUUAUCAUCUUGCAGGUGAUGAUUCCGUUAUCCCUGUACGUGACGGUGGAAUGUACUAAGAUGCUGCAGGUGUACCACAUCAACAACAAUGUAGAACUGUACGAUCCCUUGACAGACAAGCGACUCGAGUGUCGAGCCCUCAACAUCACAGAGGAGCUGGGCCAGAUACAGUACAUAUUCUCAGACAAGACUGGAACCCUGACUGAGAACAAGAUGUUGUUCAGGAGAUGCACAGUGGCCGGCGUCGACUACAACCACCCCCCUGUUGACCACAUUCCAGUGAGCAAGCCACAGCCGUUGUGUAUCAACAGUAAGCUGUCUGCAGAUCUGUGUACGUUACCUCAAGUACAAGAGUUCAUGAUAGUGAUGGCUCUGUGUAACACUGUCGUCAUUGCCAGGCAUCCUCAUGUAGAUAUUAUGAACGCAAGUGGAGUGAUAGAUAGUCACGGGGAUGACGAUACCAAUAGAGGUGACUUCCUCAAGACACAAGCUAGUUACCCCGGGGCACCGUCCGCCUCUAGGUACAGGAGACUGGCGGAGUCUCGGUCCAUCACCCCCUCGCCUACACCACUACUGGGUGACACAGAACAAGCGUUCAAGGUACGGGAGAUGGCAGAUGGCAGUAUGGAGGUUAGGAGUACCCUGGUCAGGAUACCGAGCGGGGAAUGUCUUGCGUCUCCUCUCCCUCUCGCCCCUCUCCCCGCCAACCCUGUUAAACAGUCUCCUCUGCGACCCAGACUGCUCAACGUGCCUUCCAUCCUGUCUGGUGUUGUCAGCAGGAAACUUAGCUCCAGUAAAAACGGAGUUACAAAUAGUUCGCCCCGCAGUACGCCUGGUGAAGCUAAGCCUAUUUUCGAGGCGGAGAGUCCAGACGAACUGGCGCUGGUAGAGACUGCCUACUGCUACAACUGUAGACUCACCAAGCGGACACCCACCUCCGCGGCCGUCUCACUGCCUGGCGGACAAGGUGUGAUGGAGUAUGAUGUGCUGAAGAUACUACCGUUUGACUCGGCUCGCAAGUGCAUGUCUGUGGUUGUACGACAGCCAGUCACUGGAGACAUCGUACUGUACUGCAAGGGAGCUGACAGUGCGAUAUUUGCCAGACUAGCACCAAUGGACAGCCUACAAGCGCAGCAGUGUCUGUUGCGGACGCAGCAGCACCUCAACACGUAUGCUCGCCAGGGUCUGCGUGUGCUGGUCAUGGCCAAGCGCAAGCUGAGUGUCCCGCAGUUCACCGAGUGGCAGGAGAGACUACAAGAGGCUGACCUGCUGCAUGACACCAGGGAAAGGCGGCUCAGAGAACUGUACAAUCAGCUGGAGUGCAACCUCUCACUGCUCGGGGCGACCGGUAUAGAGGACAGACUACAGGAGGGUGUUCAAGAGACAAUGUGUGCGCUGCGUGCGGCCGGCAUCGUCGUGUGGCUGCUGACGGGAGACAAGACAGAGACGGCCAUCAACGUGGCGUACUCGGCCAAACUGUUCUCCGCCAACAUGGAACUACUGCGACUCUCAGCCAGGAGCAAGGAGGCGGCUGAGGCCACAAUUAACUUCUACAACAACGAGAUACAGCACUCGCUCUCUGAGAACAGCAGACAAAAUGCGGGUCAAGGAACUCCUACUGCACCCAGUAGGAAAAAACCUGUGAAGAAAAAAGCACUGGUGGUUGACGGGAAGACUUUAACGUACAUUCUAGACCCCAGGUCCAACCUGCAGAGGCCGUUCCUAGAGCUGACACGUCACUGCUCGUCCGUGCUCGCUUGUCGUACCACCCCGCUACAGAAGGCCUAUCUAGUGCGGAUAGUCAAGGAAAGGCUACACAUGCGCACUUGUGCCAUCGGAGACGGAGCCAAUGAUGUGUCUAUGAUACAGACAGCUGACGUAGGUAUCGGCAUCGCAGGCCAGGAGGGAAUGCAAGCUGUGAUGGCUUCAGACUUCUCCAUGUCCAGGUUUAAGUUCCUGCGUAAAUUCUUGCUGGUGCACGGCCACUGGUCUUAUGACAGACUCUCUCGGAUGGUUCUUUAUUUUUUCUACAAGAAUGCGACUUUUGUCUUCCUAAUAUUCUGGUACCAACUGUACUGUGGAUUCUCUGGUACCAUAAUGAUUGACCAGAUGUACCAUAUGUUGUACAACCUAUUCUUCACAUCUUUACCACCAAUAGCAAUUGGUGUGUAUGACCAGGACGCACCACAAGCGUUGCUGCUGGCCAGGCCAGCGUUGUAUGAGAAGGGACGGAAUGGAAAGGUGUAUCAGCCGUCUUCCUUUUGGAUCACCACAAUAGACUCUAUGUACCAGUCAAUCGCCAUCUUCUACAUCACUAUUGCGGGGUAUUCGGAUACAACGGAGCUGGGUAUCUGGGAGUUUGGUACUACCAUCACUACCUCUUGUAUGUGGGCCAUGCUGGGACAAGUAGCACUGGAGACUCAAUCAUGGACGAUACUCCAUGUGAUAUCCAUGGUGGUGUCAGUAGGUGCGUACUACUUGUUCUGUCUGGUGUACAACUCAGUGUGUAUGCAGUGCUGGGGACUGCCCAGUAACACCUGGGUACUGAAGACUACGAUGGGCGCGCCGAUGCAUUGGCUCACUGUGCUGCUCACUACUGUGGCCGCCCUGCUGCCCAGGCUGGUGAUUAAGACCUUGCUCGCAAGUCUCUGGCCAGAUGACGUUACUACGGCUGUUCUGGAGAUGAAAAAUGCUACAAAGAGAGGAGACAACUUUCUUGUCUCUUGGUCCAGGUCAACUUCUACUUCUUCUAUCUACCGGGCAGCCUAUGAGAAGAACAUUCACUCCCAGACCCUGACUGCAGUUGGCUGACGAUGGCUGUCUCGCGGCAAACCUCAUUGGCUGUGAUCUCGGGACCAUUCUCCCCCCCCCCCCCCCUUAAACGCUUCUUCCAUCAAGUUUGGUGGUCAAUCAAACGAAUCAGAUCAAAAACUGGUCUGCUCUCCACUUAAGUUUACUUGUUAAAGGCAUUGUAUUUAAGUUUUAAGUAUAUUAUAUUUGAACCUGCUACCUGUUCCUUUUUACCAAGGUAUUGCCAUACCGAUAUUUUAAUCCUGUAAAGGAACCUACUGCCCAUAGUGAGGAUUAUCUCUGUAACCAAUCUAUUUUGUGAACUUAUUGUAUAUACAUUAUUAUUAAUAUUUUUAGAAUCUAUCUAGUUAAAUAUCUUCCUAGAGCUUUCCAUUUCACGGACCAUUGUUUGUACUUCCAAAGAUUAUUCUCUUGUUCAAGACUAUAGAGUAAUUUACUAAUUAACUAUAACAUAUUUUGCCUUAACGGCCUUUUGUUUAGGUCAAUAUUAUUGUUUUAUUAAUUAUUAAAGUGAUUAAAUAUUUAUUACCGUAUAUGUAUAAUAUUCUGUGUAUAUUUUGUAAAAACAAUUUAAUUAAAUAAGUGUCAUAUUUUAUAUAGUCUUAGUUUUCUUUUUCUGACUGGGUUUUUACAUUUUUUUAACAAACAUUAUAUUCAAAGAUCACAAGAUUAGUUUAACCUUUCCAAAAGUUGAUUUGGUUUUCCAUUUUUUAAGACGGAAUGAAAAUUUCAUCUCAAACCUCCGGGAUGAAAUGUUUACAUGAACAUGUGGAGUAAAGUUAUUCAAAGAUUCAAAAACCAUAACAGCUGUAGUUCAGAUUUUUUACCCGUAAAUCUCAGGGAUACAGCUGUUUCCUUAGGCUUUUUGUACUACAACACAACUCUAAAUUCCAGAGAGGUGAUCAAUGUUCUGAUUGACUUAAAAUACAAUGAUAAUGUCAGCAACUAACAAUAACAAUACAGAAGUUUACGCUUCUUCCUAAUCAUGAGUCUGAUUUUAAAGCAACGAAGAGUUUGAAUGAAACAAUGAACAAUUGGAUGGUCAAUCGUACAACACUGAUCUCUACUUGUGAUUGAUGAUGGAAACUCUGAUCCACACGGUAUCUUUGAUAUUCAACUGAUCAAUACGUGUUUUUUGUACAUUUUGUGUGAGAAUUUUGUACAUUGUGUUAGAAGGUAGCUGGUGCUGUUUUGAUGUAUAGAAGUUAUUUAGAGCAAUUAGAGUCAAUUUAUCUUACACAGUUACAUUGCUGUUUGUACAAAUGUAUUGUAAAUAAUGGUUGUCAUUUGCCUAUUGUGCCUGUAAAACUGUCUCGUUUAGAGUAGGAGAGUGCACGGCUGUGGUUAUUUUGUGGUUUGGCCACAUCAUUUACUCAGUUUGAUUACAAUAAUUCAUGGUGUUCUGAUUUAGUGUAAAUAGAGCGAAGAGAUGAUGCAGUUUUUAUCAAUGGUGUAAGCUGGUUUCAAAUCCAAUAGUCUGAAUUCAUCUUAGUUUUUUCUGCGGUAAAAAUCUAUUAAUAAAUUAAAUCUCUUAAAUUAGAUUGCAGAUUACACUAAAGCAAAUUGCAAUCCUAUGCCACCAGAAUAUAGUUAUUGUGUUUGAUGAAUAGUAAUUAAUAAGUGUAAGGAUUGGGGAAUAUCCCAGUGACAAAUUUGCAGGAUUUCUUUCAUGUAGAACUGGGUUCAAAACCCACACUAAGCAGUUGCUUCAUGACAAUAAGUAUAGGUAUCUAAGAUGAAGAAAACCUUCCCCAAAUUUAAGAAAACCAUUCCCUAAAGCCAUACAAUAAUUUAGUUUUAGAAACAAGAAUUAGAUGUUUCUCAUCUUAUGAUUGCUGUAGUAAUACUUAUGUUUGUGCUUAUUUUUCUUUUGGAUCAAAUCACAAAAUAAUCAGUAUUUGUUUGUGCCAAACAGUUCAUAAACUCAAAAAUAACUUCAUUGUUGUUUAUAUUACUGAUAUUUUUAUACAGUCGUAAAUGUUGAAGAUUACAGAUCUGCUUAAAAUUGUGUCACAAGUUCAAUGAGACUUCGUUGUGAAUAAGUUGAUUGUAUUUACGAAUAACACUAACCCUCCAUAACAAUAUAAGUUUUAAACUUUUUCAAAGAAAGGUGUUGAUCUUUUUAAACUACCUCGUACUUUCCAUGUUUUCCAGUAAUUGUAUAGGUACUUACUUCAAGCUUCAUGUAUUUGUUUGUAAGAUUUAAUUGCUUAAAAGAGGUUUAUGGUGGUUAUCUUAAAGUAUUCAGUCCUAAAAAGAGGAUUUUUUUAAUAGUAAUUCACUUUUAAUAGAAAAACAAUCUCUUCCAUAGUUUUAAAGGAUGAAGUAUUCAUUUAUUUUAAUUUUAUUUUUUGUUUACAGUGUUGUAGGUCUACAGUAAAAUAAAUUAACUAACAAAUUCCAUUGUUGAAUCUGUAACUAAUUUGGACUCUUGAUUUCACUACCCCCUUUAAGUAUCCAAUAGUCAAUGCCACCCCUAAACCAAAAUACCCCGGCCGCAGCAAACCUGCAGACUAAGCGAAUUUCCAUCUACCUGGCUGGGAAUCCACUAAAUUAUUCCCUUAAAAUUGUAAGAUUUAUUUCCUUUUUAAAUAUAAUUAAUUUUUAUGAGUACUUUGGUUUGCUGCUACAGGGAAGAAAUAGGUUUUUUUAUUGAAAUAUUGAUAGCUUAGUAUGAAGUAAACAAAAUUUCAUUGAGAUAUGUCCACAGACAAGCAAGCUACAAAAGUUUAUUAUUUAUUUAUUCUCUAUAAGAUUAACAUAGUAAUUUUAAAUUUAAACUUUUUGGGGAUUUUUUCCGUAACAGUUAGACAUACAACAAUGCUUCAAUUUACUAUUUUUUUUUUUUGAGCUCUACAAAAUGGUUUGGAAAGAAAUUCAAAAUUUUAUGUUUACAGGGUGAAAAAUGGGGACCCCAUAAACCCCUGUUCCCAUAGUCCGAUCAUGCUGGUUCGCGAACUCAUUCCAAUAAAAGUAAGUUUACACCAAAUUUUAUCAAAAUCGGAUCAUUUUUGCGCUAGUUAUUGUGCUAACGGACACAUAUAUAAAUAUCUAUGUAUGAAUUUGAACGGAUGGUGUUUUUGGCCUCAGGGGACCUCAAAACAAAAAAGUAAAUCGGUCCCGGGUCCAGGUCUUAUCAUGAGACCUACGGUAAUAGCUAUUCCCUAUAUGGGAAAUUCGCUAAAAAAUAAUCAGGGGCUAUUUAUAUUUCCAGUUCAACAUGGAUUAGGUGGUUAGGUGUCAUACACAAUACACAUAUUACGUUAUACACUUUUUUGUCCUUCCACCUUUUAACACUAUGCCAUACCUCUCACCCCUUAUUGUGUUACAUAAUAUAUGAAUGGCCCCUUAGUACAGUUUGUAAAAACAGAUACAAAAAUUAAUCAGACAGUUUUCCAAACAUGAUUAAGUUUAGAUUAAUUUCUUCCAUGUGAGCUGGAAUUUUCUCAAGUUUUAAACAUUAAUGUAUUCACGUAGUUGUAUUGUUUUAAAAAAUCUAUUCUUCUUGUACACGAUUGCUGCAUCAAAAGACAUUAGGUCUACCAAUAUUUACUUGUGGUAGUUGUAGUUAGUAACUUAUGUGAUAUUAAAUUUCUAAAGUGUUACUUUAUUUGCAAAUUCCCUUGUUGCUUAUUAUUAAUAUUCAGGCAAUUAGUUAAGUUACAAUCAAAAAGUUGUUUUGCAAACUUCCCAAGUUCCUAAGAUCCAAAAGUGGAAUGAAUUAAUCUGUUUAAUGUCCCUAAACAAUACGAGUUGAAGAAAAAAUUCUCUCAAAGACUGUUUCUCCCAGGAUGGAGAAAAAAGACAAAAGUAUUUAAACUGUACAUGCACUUUGAUGAUAUGCUAUAGACAUCCCAGAAACAAAACAACCCUGGGCCAUUUCGGGUUGCGCAAGUUUGAACUCAUUGCCACACCCACCAGCGCAAACCAAGUUUUUUUUCUGCGCAGGUCGUUUUGUUCUUGGGAUGUCUAUACAAGACCUAACAGUGAAUCUAGGUUUUGUACCAAAAUCUCAAGCAAGUUUUGAUGUUUGUUCCAGUUGAGUUUUCUGAUGUUGACUAAAUGUUUCCUCUUAUUUUUAAAUAAAUUUUACAAAUUAUCUCUUACUCAUGAAGGGGGCUCUAGACAUGCGCCACUCGCCGAGAAAGAAAUAUUUUACGAUCUAGUCGUCUUGCUAUUCACUGAUUAACGAGUAGACGUCUAAACACGUGUUGUUUUCCGAGCAACUGUUCAUUUUUUGUUCCUUUCGGGAUUAAAAAAUAGUUGUUCACUUUGAUGUGUACAAAAUACCGACAAUCAACGGGAAAACACAUUUGCUGCUUACCAAAUAGACAGACACCUAUCCACACUACCUACUCGUGAUUCGGUGAAUCGCUGCUCGGCGCUUGGCGAAUGGCACAUGUCUGGAGCCGCCUUUAGUAAUGUCUGGAGCCACCUGUAGUAAUGUCUGUAUGCCAUUUUUCAUUGGGCUAUCUAACAAUACGUCAGAAACCAUCCAGACUAGGGUUUGGUCAAGUUCUCUUACCAAAUACAAAUAGUAGUUUACAAGAAUUCUGGUGGAUCAUAAUCAUUAACAAAUUAUGUUGCUGGCCCGAAUUAUAUACUAAUAGUACAUAUGGUUUUGAUAGUUCCAUUUAAGCAAUCUAAUAGAAUUUGUUGGAUCGACCCCUAAAUACUUAUUUUUAUUGGCAAAUUGGGUAUAAAUUUAAAGGUUCUAUCCUCUAUCCUCUAGAUGUGUCUUUUGCGGGUUUGGAUGAUAUCUCGUGUUAAAUAAUGUUUAUUUUUGGGCCAGAAACAUAAUUUGUUUAUUUUAUGAUCGAUACCAGUUCUGGUAUUUCGUGGUAGUUUAUAUUUAUUGAAGAAAUGUUCUCUUGGAGCUUUGAAACAGCAAACAUAAUUAUUGUUUUGGGACCUUUUUAUGCAGAUAAUUUUGGCUAUGGGAGUCAUUGGAGCACAUGGACUAUAUUUUCACCAGAUUCAUAACAAAAAUUAAUACAUUAUUGCCAUAUUAUUAAAGAUAAUGAUUAAUUGUAAUCUAGCUCAUACAAAUUAAUUGUGAAUAUUUUUUUCAUUAUUCAGAUAUAUCUACUGUUUUUCAUGUAUGAGUUUUCUGUAUCAACAAUCACAUCAAAAUCUUUGGCCUUUACUUUUAGCUUUAUCUGGAUGGAUAUUUUAUGCAAACCAGUUAUUUAUUUAAUUCAAGUUUGUGUACAAAGUAAAAGACAUUACAUUUUGUAAAUACCCCUUUGUUAUUUAAGGUGUAAGUUAUACAGUAGUUAUUUAUUCAACUGAGUUUAUUGUAAAAUCAAUCUAUUAAUUAUCAAAUACAGGGACUUAAAACCGCCUAUUCUUCCUUGCAACCUAUGUAUUCACUUGUCACUGUAUACAUUUUAAAUUACGUGAGUAUUAUAUUAACUUAAGUGAAGAAAAUUAUCUUAUUUUUGUGUUUUCUGCAGUUAUAAUAUUAAUAUCAAAGAUACUCUGUUGAAUAAAAGGAUUAUUAUUUACAAGGAUAGGGAUCAGCUAGUUUACCUGGUAGGCAGAGUCCAGAUUAGCCUUGGUAACACAUGUAAAACACAUAUUACACAAAACAGAAAACUUAACAUUUCGUCCCAGUUAGGGACUUCAUCAGAGGGGAGAAGAAAGAAGACUGGCAGUUAAUGUUCCAAUUCAAAAGUUCCACAACAGUGCUGCCAAAUGUAGUUU